AUAUGAGAAAUGUCAUAAUUCUAUGAGGAACAUGACCGAUUCAGGUUGUCGGAGUACUUAUCCAACUCGGAGGGUUACCGUCGCGAUUUCCUCAUAUGUAAUAAGGCGUAGGACUUUUACAUAAUUAUUCGCGGAAGUCUCAAUGUGUGAGCGUGAGAACUUGAAUCGGAUGCUGAUACUUCCGAAGCGGCACACGGAAUCAAGGGCCGCACUGGAAGAGCAACGGUCGACAUAAAGGACAGACACCGUAAACAGGAGCGUGUUUACUUUCUACCGCACUCACAACCAAUCAAAGUCUCCUCGCCGUGAUUGGUCAGGAUUGGUCGUCUUGUACAUACGGCGACACGCGCGCUUACGUACAAUACACGCUUACACUUGGCGCGACGCGUUUGUCCAUACGCGUCCGACACCAGUCUCGUUCUCACAAUCACCUGGUAUCACUCAGCACUUCGGCGUUUUGCCAAUACCAGGUCCUCAAACAUACGACUUUAACGACUUCUUGACUACGAUACAACAUGCCGGACGGUCAAAUAUUCAAGGCCACGUACAGUGGUAUCCCUGUUUACGAGAUGAUGUGCAAAUCGGUGGCAAUAAUGCGCCGUCGAGUUGAUUCUUGGCUGAAUGCCACGCAAAUUCUCAAGGUUGCUGGAUUUGAUAAGCCGCAGCGCACACGAAUCCUCGAACGUGAGGUGCAGAAGGGUGAACAUGAGAAAGUUCAGGGAGGCUAUGGAAAGUACCAAGGAACAUGGAUUCCUCUUGAAAGGGGAAUUGCUCUUUGUAAACAGUACAACUGCGAACAUCUUCUCCUUCCAAUUAUUGACUUCCAGCCGGAUGCAAGUAGUCCCCCAUUAGCCCCGAAGCAUCUAGUUGCUGCGGCUGCACACAAGCCUGCCAGUACACGACGUGCGGAGGCAGCAUCUGCUUCUUCGAUAAACACGCGAUCAUCUCGAAGGACGGUACCUGAAGUCGUAGAUGAAUCGGAACGUGACACUGUUUCCGUCAAGGGGUCGGAGGACGGCACCAUGACACCUUCGCCAUCUGAGGCUUCCUCUAGCUCACAGACACCAUCCCCUAUACGAAGCAGCCCACUUGCAUCACAAUCUACUAUGCUUUUAGGGGAUGGAUUUCACUCUCCUACUCCUGGGACGCGUCGCAAACGGAAAGCCAGAGCGGGAGACGAGUCGGAUGAUUCACACUCGGAAAUACCAGCGGAAUACCCUGAACGCCAUGGUGAACGCCUUACUUCGGCGUGCUACGCGGAGGAGAUGUUAGAAUACUUUAUCUCGGACGCGGCUCAAAUACCCGACCUCCUCAUCCAGCCGCCUCCCAAUUUUGAUCCCAACAUGGCCAUUGAUGACGAUGGUCAUACAGCGCUGCACUGGGCUAGUGCCAUGGGUCGCAUUCGUAUAGUGAAACUGCUUCUCACUGCUGGCGCUGAUAUAUUCAGGGUGAACAAGGCCGGACAGACACCACUCAUGCGAAGUGUGAUGUUUGCCAACAAUUACGACGUACGGAAAUUCCCCGAGCUUUAUGAGCUCCUCCAUCGGUCCACGCUAAACAUCGACAAUAACAAUCGCACGGUCUUCCAUCACAUUGUUGACGUCGCUAUGUCCAAGGGAAAGACACAUGCCGCGCGGUAUUACAUGGAGACGGUGUUGAACCGUCUCGCCGAGUACCCUAGAGAAUUGGCUGACAUCAUUAACUUCCAAGAUGAGGACGGAGAGACAGCUCUCACUAUGGCAGCGCGGUGUCGCAGCAAGCGAUUAGUCAAACUGCUCAUUGAUCAUGGUGCCGACCCCAAGAUCACCAAUCGUGACGGCAAAAGUACCGAGGACUAUAUCUUGGAGGAUGAACGCUUCCGUUCUUCUCCAAUGAUUCCUUCGCGGACGGUGUCGAUGUCAUAUCGAAACGCACAAGCGGCAACAGGCCAGGCUCCAUACGACUUCCCCACAGAUACCAACGACAGACCUCCAAUGCAUCAUUCCGUCACCGCUCAAAAGGCAGCCACGCGUUGUGUGAACGACGUUGCCACUCUAUUGGAGAGUUUGGCAUCUGCUUAUGACCAGGAGUUGAAGGAUAAGGAGCGCGAUACAAAUCAAGCUCAUGCUCUGUUAGGGAACAUCCAGACGGAAAUCUUAGAUAGCCAGCGGGCGGUCAACUCACUGAAAAACCAAGCACAGAGUUUGCCGCAGUCCAGGCAACGCCUGCAGGAGUUAGAGACAGAGCUGAGGUCCAAAAUGGGUACACGAUACCGCAUGGGAUGGGAAAUGUGGUUGAAAGACGACGAACAACGAGAACGGGCCGUUCGUGAUACACAUGAUGGUCAUAUCGCGCCUGACUCUAUCGUGGAUGGGGUUUGUCGAACUGCUCAAGGGGACGAUAUAACGGAUUUAAUGGCCUUACAUUCGAACAUCCCAACAGAUCAGCAACAGGUGAAGGAGGAAUGUGAUCGAAUACGAAGCGAGUUGGUUGGACAUAAAAAGCGAAAGUUGGACUUAUUCGACAACUUAAUUAAGUUCCAAGCAGAGGCAGGAACAGGUGGUCGGAUGGCAGAUUAUAGGCGACUCAUAAGUGCAGGGUGUGGAGGCGUUCCACCAAGUGAAGUCGAUAACGUUAUAGGGAUGCUUCUGGAGACACUCGAAUCCGAAGACCCUAGCUCCUCAAGUUGGGUAGGAAAUGCUUCAGCAGUUUCGGUGGGAUAAAGCAAUCUUAUUACGUUUCUCGGUGUCUAGUGAUGAUAUUUAUCCUUCAUGUAUUUCCCCUAAUGUAUCCAUACCCCAUGGAUUGUAUGUACGAAUAUUGACUGCUCCGAAUCAUUCCAGACAGGCAAGUC